GGCUACACCCGGUAAAAAAAACCGCGUCGGUGCUCAACGGCCCAGCUCCUAAAUCAGCCUAACACAACUCAUCCUGACCGUCGAUCCAGAUCCCAUCAGAAAACAGCGGGCCCCACAUCUAGCACAAAUCACGAGACGAGAAGUGUGGUGUCUCGACCUAUAUAAACACCACCUCCUCCACCAUUCAUCCUCGCCAUUCUCAUACCUUUGCUUUAGAGGAGAGUCUGCUUAUUACUCACCCAAACAAGCCCUUACUCUCUCUCCUCUCUCAAGAAAUGGAGACCUUUUUGUUUACUUCUGAGUCUGUUAACGAGGGACAUCCCGACAAGCUUUGCGAUCAGAUCUCCGAUGCGGUGCUUGAUGCCUGCUUGUUGCAGGAUCCUGAGAGCAAGGUGGCUUGUGAAACUUGCACCAAGACCAACAUGGUCAUGGUUUUCGGAGAGAUCACCACCAAGGCUACUGUUGAUUACGAGAAGAUUGUUCGUGAUACCUGCCGUGAGAUUGGGUUUGUGUCUGAUGAUGUUGGUUUGGAUGCUGACAAUUGCAAGGUUCUUGUGAAUAUUGAGCAGCAGAGUCCUGAUAUUGCUCAGGGUGUCCAUGGUCAUUUGACCAAGAGGCCAGAGGAGGUUGGUGCUGGUGAUCAGGGUCAUAUGUUUGGGUAUGCUACUGAUGAGACCCCGGAGUUGAUGCCACUUAGCCAUGUUCUUGCAACCAAGCUUGGUGCUCGCCUGACUGAAGUCCGUAAGAAUGGUACCUGCGCAUGGUUGAGGCCUGAUGGAAAGACCCAGGUUACUGUGGAAUACCACAAUGACAAUGGUGCCAUGGUCCCGAUCCGUGUCCACACCAUCCUCAUCUCCACUCAGCAUGAUGAGACUGUCACUAAUGAUGAGAUCGCAGCUGAUCUUAAGGAGCACGUCAUUAAGCCUGUUGUACCUGCUAAGUACUUGGAUGAGAAGACCAUCUUCCACUUGAACCCUUCUGGCCGUUUUGUCAUUGGUGGACCUCAUGGUGAUGCUGGUCUAACAGGCCGAAAGAUCAUCAUUGACACUUAUGGUGGGUGGGGUGCCCAUGGUGGUGGUGCUUUCUCCGGCAAGGACCCAACCAAGGUUGACCGCAGUGGUGCCUACAUUGUCAGGCAAGCAGCCAAGAGCAUUGUGGCCAGUGGACUUGCACGUAGGUGCAUUGUUCAGGUUUCAUAUGCUAUUGGUGUUCCCGAGCCUUUGUCUGUUUUCGUAGACUCAUAUGGAACUGGAAAGAUCCCCGACAGAGAGAUUCUGCAGAUUGUGAAGGAGACCUUCGACUUCAGACCCGGAAUGAUCUCUAUCAACCUUGACCUCAAGAGAGGGGGCAACGGCAGGUUCUUGAAGACCGCUGCCUAUGGCCACUUCGGAAGAGACGACGCUGACUUCACCUGGGAAGUUGUGAAGCCUCUCAAAUGGGAGAAAGCUUAAGCUGUUGAUCAGUACUUCACCCUGGUCUUUUUGGUAUUGCCUGCCCUCUGCCUUUGAUUCAUUGUUAUGCCUAUUGGCUCAUGUGUUAUUUAAUUAAUAAGUAAUAUUUUGUUUUUCUAUAUGAACCAAAAGAAUUGUAUUUUACUUUUCUAGAGUUAGCAAGUUGAAUUACAUGGUGUAAGCUGAUAAGUAAUUAUCCCUCUCCUUGUUUUGCUGAUGAAAUGAUACUAUAAUUUUAAGUUAACAGAA